GUUAGAAAAAGCCCGGGCUAGGGCCGAGGAGCAGGGUGAGGGAGGGGGUGGGAUGGGUGGGGGGUAACGGGGGAAACUGGGGAAGUGGGGAACCGAGGGGCAACCAGGGGAAGAUGGGGUGCUGGAGGAGAGCUUGUGGGAGCCAAGGAGCACCUUGGACAUCUGGAGUCUGGCAGGCGUGAUGACGGGUGGAGGGGCUAGCUCGGGGCAGGGCUGGUGGGGCCUGGGGCCAGUGAGGAGUGCGGAGUAGGCGCCCAGGCAUCGUGCAGACAGGGCAACAUCAGCUGGGGACGAUGGGCCUGAGCUAGGGCUGGAGAGAAGGGGGAGCCAGACAUUCAUCCCGGUCACUUUUGGUUACAGGACGUGGCAGCUGGUUGGACGAGGGGAGCUGGUGGGCAGGGUUUGAUCCCAGGGCCUGGGCAACGGAGGUGUAGCUGGCAGCAGCGGGCAGGUGAGGACCCCAUCUGCCGGGCAGGUGAGUCCCUUCCCUCCCCAGGCCUCGCUUCCCCAGCCUUCUGAAAGAAGGAGGUUUAGGGGAUCGAGGGCUGGCGGGGAGAAGCAGACACCCUCCCAGCAGAGGGGCAGAAGGGGGCAGGAGAGUUAGCAAAGGUGACAUCUUCUCGGGGGGAGCCGAGACUGCACAAGGCUGGGGGGCUGUGGGCCCAUCCCAGGCAGAAAGAGCAAGAGGGCAGGGAGGGAGCACAGGGGUGGCCAGCGUAGGGUCCAGCACGUGGGGUGGUACCCCAGGCCUGGGUCAGACAAGGACAAGGCAGGGGACACAGGACAGAGGGGUCCCCAGCUGCCACUUCACCCACCGCAAUUCAUUUAGUAGCAGGCACAGGGGCAGCUCUGGCAGGGCUUUCUCAGGCCUAUGCCGGAGCCUCGAGGGCUGGAGAGCGGGAAGACAGGCAGUGCUCGGGGAGUCACAGCAGGACGUCACCAGGAAGGCGAAGCGGCCACGGGAGGGGGCCCCGGGACAUUGCGCAGCAAGGAGGCUGCAGGGGCUCGGCCUGCGGGCGCCGGUCCCACGAGGCACUGCGGCCCAGGGUCUGGUGCGGAGAGGGCCCACAGUGGACUUGGUGACGCUGUAUGCCCUCACCGCUCAGCCCCUGGGGCUGGCUUGGCAGACAGUACAGCAUCCAGGGGAGUCAAGGGCAUGGGGCGAGACCAGACUAGGCGAGGCGGGCGGGGCGCAGUGAAUGAGAGCUCUCAGGAGGGAGGCUGGCGCAGGCAGGGGUGAGGAGCGCAGCGGGCGGUGAGCGGGAGGCACUGGCCUCCAGAGCCCGUGGCCAAGGCGGGCCUCGCGGGCGGCGACGGAGCCGGGAUCGGUGCCUCAGCGUUCGGGCUGGAGACGAGGCCAGGUCUCCAGCUGGGGUGGAUGUGCCCACCAGCUGCCGAAGGCCAGGACGCCAGGUCCGGCGGACGUGCCAAGCGGGACGUGACAUGGUCCGGUGUGACGGCGAGGACAGAGGAGGCGCGUCCGGCCUUCCUGAACACCUUAGGCUGGUGGGGCUGCGGCAAGAAGCGGGUCUGUUUCUUUACUUCCUCCACGGAGUCGGCACACUACGGCUGCCCUCUGGGCUCCCAGAACCCACAACAUGAAAGAAAUGGUGCUACCCAGCUCAAGCCUGGGCCUUUGAAUCCGGACACAAAACCCUCUAGCUUGGAAAUGGAUAUGCUGCACUUUACAACCACUGCACUACCUGACUCAGGAAUCGGCUCUGGAAGGUGAAGCUAGAGGAAUGAGACCUCAUCAACCCAACACCAAAGACACCAUCGGAACAGCAGCGCCCGCAGCACCCACCCCCCACCGGCGACUCCAUCUUCAUGGCCACCCCCUGCGGCGGACGGUUGACCACCAGCCACCACGUCAUCCCAGAGCUGAGCUCCUCCAGUGGGAUGACCCCGUCCCCACCACCUCCCUCUUCUUCUUUUUCAUCCUUCUGUCUCUUUGUUUUCUGAGCUUUCCUGUCUUUCCUUUUUCUGAGAGAUUCAAAGCCUGCACGACUCUGUUUCCCCCGUCCCUUCUGAAUUUAAUUUGCACUAAGUCAUUUGCACUGGUUGGAGUUGUGGAGACGGCCUUGAGUCUCGGUGCGAGUGUGCGUGAGUGUGAGCCACCUUGGCAAGUGCCCGCCCAGGGCCCGGCCACCCUCCAUCUGGGCCGGGUGACUGGGCGCCGGCUGUGUGCCCGAGGCCUCACCCUGCCCUCGCCUAGUCUGGAAGCUCCGACCGACAUCACGGAGCAGCCUUCAAGCAUUCCAUUACGCCCCAUCUCGCUCUGUGCCCCUCCCCACCAGGGCUUCAGCAGGAGCCCUGGACUCAUCAUCAAUAAACACUGUUACAGCAA